AUGGGCACAGCAUGCUGCACAAAUCGAUCAUCAGUUCGAGUAGCAGAUGUUCAGAAUAUUCCACAGCACCCUAACUCUCCUAACAAUCCCUAUAGCAUUUUAUAAUAAAAUAAUUUUUUUAAUUUAAAAAUAAUACUCUGAUGUAAGGAAAAUAGAUCAAUUGACUCAAAUCAGCACGAACUUCUUCGUCGUCAAAAAAGUCAACUCUUCCAAAGUGAAGGAGCAGAUUCAACUUUUAUAGAGAUAAGUACACCAAGAACAGGGAAGUUAAUCAAAUGGAAACGUGGAGAUUUAAUUGGUGAAGGAGCUUAUGCCAAAGUAUAUCAAUGUUUGAAUAUUGAAACAGGCGAGCUUUUUGCUGUUAAACAUUUCACAGUAACCUUUAUCUAGCUAAGUGAUGAUAUAAAAAAAAUUGAAAGAGAAUUCUAUAACAUGAAAAAGGAAGUUUCACUACUAAGAGAUCUGAACCAUAAGAAUAUUAUUAAAUAUUAUCAAACAGAACUCUCUGAAGAUUUAUCCUUUGUUAAAUAAUAUAAUUGCUUCUUAUUUUAUAUAAAAUUUAAGAUUUUUUUCUAGAAAUUAGGCAGAUUCUUAUUAAGAUAGUAUAAAUUGCAUUGAUGUAAUGCUUGAAUAUAUCCCAGGAGGCUCUUUAAAACAAAUAUUACAAAAAUACCACCACCUUGAAGAAACCAUAAUAAAAUCAUAUGGAAAACAACUCCUAGAAGGCCUUGGCUAUUUGCAUGCAAAUGGCAUUGUUCAUCGAGAUUUAAAGUCAGCCAACGUCUUAAUUUCUACCAAAGGCGUUGUUAAAUUAACUGAUUUUGGGUCAUCAAAAAAAUUCGAAGAUUUAGACGAGCAGCUUUCAAAAUCCCUAAAAGGAAGUCCUUAUUGAAUGGCCCCAGAAGUUGUCAGAAGAGAAGGCCACACUUUUUCAGCUGACAUUUGGUCAUUUGGAUGCCUACUUAUUGAAAUGUUUAAUGGCAGCCCGCCUUGAUCUAAUUAUUCAAGAAACGCAAAAGAGGUAUUACGGAUGAUUUCUGCGCCUGAUAAUUUUCCAGACAUUCCAGAACAGUGCUCAAAUUCGCUUCAUGAUUUAAUUUGUAAAUGCUUAAAAAGAAACCCAUUAGCAAGACCUACUGCCAAAGAGAUUUUGAAUCAUGAAUUUUUCGUGACUGAUGAAAAUUUGCAUGAUAAUUCGUCUACUGGGCUAAUUGGGUAA